AUGUCCGAGCAACCGUACGACCCGUAUAUCCCUUCUGGCUCUAACGCCAACGCCAACGCCAACGCCGCCAGCGGCAGCGCUACCGCAGAAAAUGGUGACAACCGGACACGGGAAAUCGACAAGAAAAUCCAAGAAACUGUCGAUACCAUGCGCUCCAAUAUCUUCAAGGUCUCCGAGCGUGGUGAGCGUCUAGAUUCGUUGCAGGAUAAGACCGACAACCUGGCCGUGUCAGCUCAAGGUUUCCGCAGAGGUGCCAACCGCGUGCGAAAGCAAAUGUGGUGGAAAGACAUGAAGAUGCGCGUGUGUCUGAUCAUUUGUAUCAUCCUCUUGCUUGUGGUGAUCAUCGUCCCAGCUGUUGUCACCACCACUAAAUAA